GACAGUGAACAGGUAGCGAAGAAGGUAACAAAAAAAGUGUAAUUUAGAUUGAUACGAUGCUCCCAUUAGUCUCAUGAUUUGCCCACUCCGUUUGAUUUCUACUCCACAUUUUAUUAUUCCCUUCUGUAAUCCAUCUUCUCCGACGAGCUCGUUUCGAUUUGUGGAGAGACGCAGAGAGAUAGGGAAAUGGCAGUGAAGGGUGUGGGCUGGUGCUCUCCAGGAGCGACGAAGGUGGGAUUGGGUUUUAUGGGUCUUUUUGUAGCAGCUUAUAUUGUUGCUCCCCCUCUCUACUGGCACUUCAUCGAGUGCUUGGCCGCCGUCUCUUCUUCCUCUUCCUCCACUUGCCCUCCUUGUUUCUGUGACUGUUCUUCUUACACUGACUUCGCCAUUUCUGAAGAGCUCGAAAACACGACUUUUAGAGAUUGUGUGAAACAUGACCCUGGUAUGAAUCGGGAAACAGAAAAGAGUUUUGUGGAGUUGUUGUCGGAGGAACUGAAACUGAGGGAAGCUGAAGCUUUGGAAAGUCACCGUCGCGCCGACAUAUCUCUGCUGGAAGCAAAGAAGAUGACAUCUCAAUAUCAGAAAGAAGCAGACAAGUGCAAUUCAGGUAUGGAAACAUGUGAAGCAGCAAGGGAAAAAGCUGAAGCUUCAUUAGUUUCACAGCAGAGGCUAACAGCAUUAUGGGAGACAAGGGCUCAUCAAAGAGGAUGGAGAGGCGACAUUGUCAGAUCCCGUGCUCUGGCUCGUGGUACAGUUCAAACCACAUAAACGAAACCCGAUGCUCAUUCAAGUGGCUGCUUUUACAGUAGCUUGGAAUUCAUGGAGCCAGAAGCCAGUACUGAGCAAAAUUUGAUUAGUCUACGAUGGAGCCCAAGAUUUUCUUACUUAUCCCACUUCCUUUUCUUCUUGAAAGUUCAGCUUGUGUGAACAUCAAACAUAGAAAUAUAUUAUGGAAAAGAUACUAACCAGAUGACUCCCUCCCAGAGAUCAUGACCUGAAACCUUUGACAAGGUUGAGCAGCAAUUUUUCCUGUAAUGCUGAUUGGACUGUUUCAAUAUUAAGAGAUCAAAGACAAUACAAAGAAAUUGCAUGGCGUAUGAAUUCAGCCAUUUGUUGAA